UAAUAUAUAUAUAUAUACAUAUAUCCCCAAUCUCUCUCCCUUCGAUUUUCACCCGCGUCGUUCGCCGGAACCCUAACCCUAAUCCCCAUUGCUAUCCCACCACCGAUCUCCGAUGGGGAACACGGAGAAGCUGAUGAAUCAGAUCAUGGAACUCAAGUUCACGUCCAAGAGCCUUCAGCGCCAAGCGCGCAAGUGCGAGAAGGAGGAGAAGGCCGAGAAGCUCAAGGUCAAGAAGGCCAUCGAGAAGGGCAACAUGGAUGGCGCCCGCAUCUACGCUGAGAACUCCAUCCGCAAGCGCAGCGAGCAGAUGAACUACCUCCGACUUUCCUCCCGUCUUGAUGCCGUCGUCGCCCGCCUUGACACUCAGGCCAAGAUGCAGACAGUUGGAAAGUCCAUGGGAUCUAUUGUCAAGGCUCUUGAUGCUUCCCUCGCCACCGGUAAUCUUCAGAAGAUGUCUGAGACUAUGGACCAGUUCGAGCGCCAGUUUGUCAACAUGGAGGUUCAGGCCGAGUUCAUGGAGGGAGCCAUGGCCGGAUCCACGAGUUUGUCGACGCCUGAGGGGGAGGUCAACAGCCUCAUGCAACAGGUCGCUGAUGACUAUGGGCUUGAGGUCUCCGUUGGGCUGCCACAGGCUGCUGCACAUGCUAUACCGGCCAAGGAGAAGGAGAAGGUUGAUGACGACGAUCUCUCGCGCCGCCUUGCAGAGCUCAAGUCCCGAGGCUAGGGUUUGAUCGCUCGCUUCUGUCGUAAGAUCUCUUGAAAUUUCUUUUCUUUCCUUUUCUUUUUGUUCUCCAUGUGAUGCGAGAAAAAGAAUGAGUGAAGGAUAGAAACACUAGUGAUUUGCAUAGGAGAUUUUGCUGUUCUAUAUGUCCUUAAUCUAUGAUUCUCUGGAGUUUUAAUUAUAAUUGCUAAGUUUUGUUAUUAUCUUGGUUUGAAAAAAUAGAUACCUUUGUAAAUUCUUUUGAUUAUGAUGUUCAAAAAUCAAUACUUUCAAGAAUGAUA